CGGCCAGUUUCGUAGUCUGCCAUUUCCAUUGUAUAACUAAAAAACUUCAAAAUCAAGUGAGAAAAAAGAGAAAAAAAUAUGGGAGUUUUGGAUCAUUUGUCUGAGUAUUUUGAUUGCUCUUCUCAUGGGUCUAAGCACAAGAAACGCAAGCAAUUGCAGACAGUGGAGCUGAAAAUUCGAAUAGACUGCGAAGGCUGUGAGAGGAAAGUGAAGAGAGCAUUAGAAGGAAUGAAGGGAGUGAAGCAAGUCGACGUCGACCGGAAAGCCAACAAAGCCACCGUCGUCGGAUACGUCGAGCCGUCAAAAGUGGUGGCGCGUGUCACUCACCGCACCGGUAAGAAAGCCGAGCUCUGGCCCUACGUUCCUUACGACGUCGUCGCGCACCCCUACGCGCCGGGAGUGUACGACAAGAAAGCGCCGGCUGGGUACGUGCGGAAAGCCGAUGAUCCCAACGUGUACCAGCUGGCACGUGCGAGCUCCACGGAAGUUCGUUAUACGACGGCGUUUAGUGACGAAAAUCCCGCGGCUUGUGCUGUCAUGUAACGGUCGUCCACUUUUGUAAAUGCGCUGUAAAAAUAAGGCCUUUAUAAUUUGUCGAUUUUUGCUUUUGUGUGUUGUUUUUUUUUUUUAAUUAUUAUUUUUGGUUUAAUUUAACUUGUAUUGAUUUGGAUAUUUAUUUUUGGUCUUUAGUCUAAAGUUUAGUUAUUAUUAUUUAGUGGUAUGAUUGAUCUUAGUUGUCA